AACCCUCAACCGUUCGACCCGGUCAACCAUUAGUCAGAGUCGUUGAUUACCGCGAGGCUCUCUAACAUUAGCUACAACCUCUUGAUAGUAUUAUCUUUGGGGUGUUUUGGCCGUUUGUAUUUCUUGUGUUAUUGCGCCAGGCGUUAUUUUCGUGCUCUAUUUUUUUAACGUUAAAGUCAAGCCGUUUUAACGAUGAACCGGCUGGUGAGAUUAUGCUUCGCUUGGGCCGACGCCUUUCUGCGGGAUAACUAGGCGUGCCGGUCAAUGUCUAGGAGCAUGCUCCCGUGAGCCCCUCCAUCUUCGAGUCUGCCCAGGGCGAUACACAACGUUCACGGCCGAAAUCAACAAGAUUGCUUUUGCCGCCUGUUUCUUUCUCUGUGCCUGUGUGAACUAUGGAGACCACUCAGGUGACUCUGGCUGUCAGAGGAGAAACAUCCCCAGGUGAGGUGAUUGCAGUCGUUGGCAGCUGUGAAGCCCUGGGAAGCUGGAGCCAUCAAAAAGCUGUGACCUUACAUCCCGAUGACAAUGAUGGAAACAUGUGGACUACAACAAUCACUGUGCCUAAAGGAGUGUCCAAAUACCGCUAUUUUAAAGGCUUCAUUCUGGAACCAAAGCUCAUCAGCAGGAGGGGGGAAAAUCCACUGACUUUGAAAGAAUUUCAACCCAUGGUGGCUGACUGCCCCAGCUGGAGAUUGAGUGCAGGGGAUCCCUGUCAAGUGAUAGUCAAUGUGUGGGAGACCCAUCAACAACCCCGCACAAUGAGCCCCACAGGACCACACCUGAAUAUUGAUGAUGGACAAUUUGGAACUCAUAAUGGGGUGAAUUGUGUCGACUCUGGAUGGCUCACAUGCCAGACAGAGAUCCGGCUUCGUUUGCACUUUUCUCAGAAGUCUCCCGUAUCUAUCACUAAGAAGAAAUUCAAGAAGUCUCGCUUCAGAAUCAAGCUGACAUUGGAGGGCUUUGAGGAGGAGAUAGAUGAGGACGAGGAUGAGCUCAGUCCUACGUGUUGGCACAGGAUGACCACCACUCUGGAGAAGACCACCACCCUGGGGAUCAGUAUGAUCAGUGCCAACAGCUAUAAGUCGCGCCACUCGCAGCCUGAAUGUGGCUAUGGACUGGGGCCCUCUCAGUGGACUGAGUACAGUAUCCACACCAUGUACCCAGACAACCUAGAGCUCACCUUUGAGUUCUUUGAGGAGGAUAUGAGUGAGCAUGUAGUCCAGGGUGAUGCUCAUCCAGGAUAUGUGGGGACAGCUUGCCUCCUGUCCUCCUCUUUCUCGGAGAAUGGGAUGGACAUCGGCGUAGCCACACUUCCGAUUAUGGCUCGGAAUUCCAGGCAGACCAUCGGGAAAGUCAGAGUGGAUUACCUUGUAAUCCGGCCGAUCCAGGCGUUUCAGUGUGACAUGAGCUCCUCCUUCACCAAAUACUGGAAGAAAAGAAGUACUCUGGAUGUGGGCCACAGAGGAGCCGGCAGCACACAUGCAGCCAAGCAUCAGAGAAUCAGGGAGAACACAAUAGCCUCAUUCAAAAGCGCUGCCAUGCAUGGUGCAGCCUAUGUAGAGUUUGAUGUUCACCUCUCCAAAGAUGCAGUUCCUAUUGUAUACCAUGAUCUGACGUGCUGCAUAUCCACCAAGAAGAAACAUGACAAGACGUCUCUGGAGCUUGUUGAGGUGCCAGUCAAAGAGUUGACAUUUGAUCAGCUGCAGCUUCUGAAGCUGGCCCAUGCCACUGCAGUGAAAGAAAACGAUCACAAAGAUCUGGUGGACGAUGAAGAUGAAAUCGAUGAGCAUCAGCCAUUCCCUUCACUCUCACAGAUCUUCCAGGCCAUUCCUGAGCAUGUGGGCUUCAACAUUGAGCUCAAAUGGAUCUGCCAGAUGAAGGACGGGUCAUGGGAUGGCAACCUAUCAUCUUACUUCAACAUGAAUAAAUACCUCGACAUCAUCCUGUCCUGUGUUCUGCAGAAAGGCGGAAAAAGACGCAUCGUCUUCUCCUGCUUCGACCCAGAUAUCUGCACCAUGGUGCGUCAAAAGCAGAACAAGUACCCCAUUCUCUUCCUGACUCAGGGAAUUUCAGAGAAGUACCCAGACAUGAUGGACAUCCGCUGCCAGACCACACAGAUCGCCAUAAGUUUUGCCCAGAGCGAGAAUAUUCUGGGGAUCAGUGCCCACGCUGAGGAGCUGCUCAAAAAUCUUUCCUACAUUGGGGAUGCCCAGUCUAAAGGCCUGGUGGUGUUCAGCUGGGGAGAUGACAACAACGAGCACGAAAUCAGAAAGAAGCUGAGAGAGCAGGGCAUUGAUGGGCUCAUCUACGAUAGUAUCUGUGAGGAGCAAGGAGAGCAGCCAAACAUCUUCAAGGUAGAGGAGCAGCACACCCUGCAGGAGGUUAUUACAGAGGAGACCCUAAAGAGCGCCAGCUGCUCCUGCUACUCCAUUCCCUGCUCCGUGGCUCCCUGCAUUGGCUCCAAGAGCUGCUCUGGCAGCGGAGAGUCCGAUUCUGGCCUCAGCUCCUCGUAAAGUUCCCUAAACCUCAAUGGACCACACACCGCUCAAUACACACCCAACAGGCUCUUGAGUGGGUAUGUGCAGUGAAGUCUUGGAGGACCAAGGUGGGAAUGGAUGAUCAAGCAAAAACUUUCAAUUACAGAUUGUGUUUAUUGCAUUUCCUCUUCACAGAAGUUUAUUUAUGCUUUUUGUUAAUUUUAACAGUAUGAAAACGGGGAUCCAUAACUUGUUUGAAUAAACACAUUGGCAAAGUAAACUAGGCUGUCAGCUGCCACAUACAAAAAGAGAAUGAUUCCUAGGAAUGCGUUGUUAAUUUCUUUUCAGGACAGUAUUUACAGAGGUCUUAAUUAUAGUGGAACAAUUGGGAAAUUAUACAUCAAAUGGGAUAUUUAUUUAGCUGUUAUGUCUCGUCGCUUCACCGUCUUAAGUGCUCAAAUUGAAUGCAUACGAUAUUUUAAGGGUGUAAAAGUGUAACACAACUGCACAUUGCAUGUAACAGAGUUGAUGAUGUCGCAUCAUGUGCUGUUUCUGUUUAUGCCACUGUACUUUCUCUGUGCAUGUAGCCAUUAUACCUCAACAGUUUUAUUUCCAUUAUCUCAAAUUGCAGUGAGUCAUAGCUACUGAUUGCUAUUUCAGUUUCAGCACAGACAUAACGUGGGAUGUGCAGGUUGCCAUUAAGAAAUGCUCACCUCCUUGGGGAUAGUCUACAGAAAUUAGAAGAAGCCUCUAUGAUUGAUUCAUUUCCUUUUGAGUGGACUGUUGAAAGCAGUUGCUUGGUCUUUUCCACACCUCCUAAUUGAAUUUUAAAGACUCGUUACUUAUUAUUGUAAAUGAAUGAUAUGCCAUUGUAUUCUUUUUAUCUACUUGAUUUAUAGAAAAGCAGGGGAAUGUUUAAUUUGUGACACUGUACAUACAUACCACAGCCUUAUAAAGGUAGGGGGGGAAUCAGGUUUGUUUCUGUUUCAAAACCACCAAUACCUCACUCAUUAUCGAUUAGAAUUGACUUGAGUUGAUAUGUGUGUACAGAAUUAACAAAUACUGCCUAUACUUCCUUUCUAUAGAUCCAAUUUAAUGUCACAACACAUACUUUUUAUUGCAUGCCAGAUAUUUUUUUGGCACAAAUUACACUUGGAGAUAAUGCAUUUGCUCAUUCAUAUGAUUAGCAUUUUAAACACAGCGAAACAAAUCCAUGUAUAGCAUACUGUCUGUAUAUCAAUCUCAUUGCACAAUCUCUUAACUACAAACUAAUGAUUGCCUUGUGCAUGGUCUUGUAAAUCUGAAUGAUUCUACUGUUAUAUAAACUGCUACUUGAGGACAGACAAGUGUAAAAGGUUAAUGUAAAUUAAAGGACAACCU